GAUAAAACAAUAAUUAUUACAAGAAACUUUUGCGUACCAUGGAUGAUACCUCCGACGAUGGCGCGUAUGAGCCAGACGAAAUUGACUAUUUUCUCACCCUUGAAGAAGCCCAAGCAGGCUCGAUGGGCGCCGGGGGAGUCCCUUCCGUAAGAACAACGUGGACCUCCAUCAAGGGACUAUGCGUCGCGGCCUCCUCGCUUGCGCUUCGCUACUGCGCCUCUCUCCCUUUAAAGCGUAUCAGCUAUUUGUUGUGCAUCAGGCGGGAGCUCGAGAACGACGGGCGAUGGCCACAAAGCAAUGAGAAAGGGAAACCAUCUGCUGCAACAUCUGUAUUUCCUGCUCAAGAGGUAGUUUCGCAUCUAUAUCGCAGCGAAGGUGCCCGUGGAUUUUUCAGAGGUGCAUGUCUUAGUGCGACUCUAGCCGUGCUCACAAACGUGGAGAAUGCUGUCGUGAUGGUGCUACUUCGCCAUCUCACAAAAACUGUGUCGACACCAUUUUUGUAUGACGCUUCCCUACCAUUCUCGAAGGGUGCAGAGCUGACGCAGGAACUGGACUCUGAAAUUUUCUCCAAGGUAUUUUGGUGGCUAGUCAUGCCGACAUUAGUCUGGGCUGCCAGGUGGCCUCUGCGCUCGCUGCGCACGAUUUUGAUGACAACAUAUAUGGCUGGUAGUGUCAUUGUCGUUGAGGAAAACACUCACGGUGGCCACGAUGAAAUCGAUGAGGAAACACAAGCUCAUGGAGGUGAUGAGGAAAAUAAGUCUUAUUCUGAAGUUAAGCCGCGUCAACAGUUCAAAUAUCAGGACCUCACGUACACACAGCUUUGGAGGCACGUCCGAGCUGGGUGCAGUUGGAGGGAUAUCAUACGCAACAGCUGGGAGGUAGAUCUCGCCGACCACGUUACAAGCAUUAUGCUCAACAAAUUCACUCAAGCAUGUGCGACGCUAACGCUGAAGGCUGUGAAGGAAAGCCCCAAGUUAGCCCCAUGGCUCUUGCUCUCACCGAAUGCAACUCGCGAUGUGCUACAGAUCUCUCUUUCCGUCGCGGUGGCUGUGGUAGUAACGACCGUACGACAGCCGUUAUUGGUAGUUUCGAGACGCAUGGCACUCUUGUCGCUGCCAACUCCAAGUUCCGAGGGAUCUCACGUUCAUGAGGACAUCUCUAAAGGUCAAGUAGACAGACCCGCAAACGGAAAGAAUUAUCAAUCUCGACGAACUGGGCUGCGGUACCGCAGCAUGUGGGCAUGUGUAUCCUAUAUUCUCCACAACGAGGGAUGGAGGAGCCUAUUCGAUGGAAUUUCAUUCAACCUGAUGGUCCAAAUGGUUUUGUUGGGCUUCGUAUUUGUUCGGCGACGGUUUUUUAUGCUGCGGUAGUGUGAUAAACAUACAUAUUAAUAUCGAAUCUUGGUAGUUACAUUGGAGCCGAGGAUGGCUACAAUAACGCAAAUGCACCCUUGACGAUUUAAGGAGAGGAAAAGGGUGUACAUCCAUUUUUGCAAAGGGUCGGAGCGAUACGCU